AUGUCUCUACUGAAUAUAGUAAGAAUCAUUCUAUUCAGGAUGCAUUUGCUUCUGAGGAGGAGCAACCCCGGGAAGUUUAUCUUACUUUUACAUCAAACUCAGCCGUCGUUUCUUCCUCAAGUUAUAGUUGAUCGAACUCUUUGCUCUUUCCCACACACACUACAAGGUAAGAAUGUUCUGAAUCACAUUCUAUUCUUCCGUUCAGCCCGCCGUUUUCCACAGCGGUCUUCGAAGUCGAAACAGGGAGCAGCCGAAAGAAAUCGCCAAAAUGAAUUACCCAAAAAGUGGGAGUUCGAAAUCAGUUGGAAUUCAAAAGGCUUCCGAGAAACGAAGAAUGAUGCUAAAGGUGCUUCCGAAAGCGGUAAUAAUAGCAAUGGGAAUGAUGACAACCCGAAAAAGAAGUUAAUGGAAACAAUGAAGCGGUACUUGGCCAUCUCUCUAUUCGCGUAUGGAUUGUUGUUCAUGUUCGGGUAUGAUAUGCUUUAUUCAGUGAGAGGUUAUCCAUGAAAACGUUUUCAGUCCCAAAAACAACGGAAUGAACGCCGAGAAGAUAUCGUGGAGUGAGUUCAUCAACGACUUACUGCCAACUGGUCAGGUGUACCGUAUUAUCGUGUUUCCUGAGAAGGACACAGCCUUUCUCUAUCUUUAUGAUACGGGAGCGAAGAAUUCGAGAGGAGAACGUCUAGCCAGUUUGUACCGCGUCGGUAUUCCUUCUGUUUCCCGAUUUGAGACAGAAGUACGUGCCGCUGAAACAGCUAUCGGGUUACCACCGGAGCAUUGGACUGAAAUCGAAUUUCGAAGAAGCGAAAACAUAGCUCAAUGGGUCACUAUUUUUUUCCUCGGUGGUUUAAUUCUUGGAGGAUUCGUACUCUUCCGCAAAUUCAAAGGAUCCUUCAAUAUGUCCGAUAUGAUGUCGAACAUGACGAAAGGAAAGUUCACCAUCAUCGAUCCACACAGUGUCGAAGGAAAAAAGCAAUUGAAAAUAAAGUUCAAAGAUGUCGCUGGUUGCAGUGAAGCGAAAGUAGAAAUCCGAGAGUUUGUGGACUAUUUGAAAGCCCCAGGAAGAUUUACAGUAAGCUAAUAUGUUCCGAAUUUCGAUAGUGUGCAUAAGCUAAGUUUUUUCCAGAAACUCGGAGCAAAGCUUCCACGCGGAGCUCUUCUCACAGGUCCUCCAGGAUGCGGAAAGACACUUUUGGCGAAAGCCCUGGCUGCUGAAUCAACUGUUCCUUUCAUCUCUAUGAAUGGAUCCGAAUUCGUUGAAGUUAUCGGUGGUAUGAGUUAUUAGUGAAUAUUGCUCUUAAUAUUUUCCUCUUAGGUCUCGGAGCUUCGAGAAUUCGUGGUCUUUUCAAAGAAGCUCGUUCGCGAGCCCCCUGCAUUAUCUACAUUGACGAAAUUGACGCAAUUGGAAGAAAGAGAAGCGAAGGACAAGGAGGAGGCGGUUUCGGAGGCGGAUCUGGCGAAGAAGAGCAAACGCUGAAUCAGUUAUUGGUGGAAAUGGACGGAAUGGGAUCUGGCAACGGUGUGGUUGUACUAGCCAGUACCAACAGAGCGGACAUUCUUGACAAAGCUCUUCUCCGACCGGGGCGUUUUGAUAGACACAUCUCAAUUGAUUUGCCAACUCUGUUGGAAAGGAAAGACAUGUUUGAGUUGUAUAUGAGGAAGAUCAAGUUGGAUCAUGCACCCCAGGAAUACUCUCAAAGAUUGGCAGCCCUAACCCCUGGAUUCUCAGGAGCUGACAUCAUGAAUGUAUGCAACGAGUCGGCAAUCCGAGCAGCGUCGGAUAAGCAUAAUGUCGUCACUAUCAAAGACGUAGAAUACGCUUUGGAUCGAGUUCUCGCAGGAUCCGAGAAGCGGAGUCGUUCUCUUGUUGAGGAAGAGAGAGAAGUUGUUGCAUACCAUGAAGCAGGCCACGCUUUGGUCGGAUGGAUGCUAGAACACACUGAUGCCUUACUUAAAGUGACAAUCAUUCCUCGAACCUCGGCAGCGCUUGGUUUUGCUCAAUACUCUCCACGAGACAAAAAGCUAUUCACAAAAGACGAACUAUUCGAUCGAAUGUGUAUGAUGUUGGGCGGACGUGUCGCGGAGAAUUUGAAAUUUGGAAGAAUCACCUCUGGAGCACAAGAUGACUUGCAAAAAGUCACAAAUUCUGCAUAUGCUCAAGUCAAAAUUUACGGAAUGAGUUCGACAGUCGGACCCAUGUCGUUCCCGAACUCGGACGGAUUUCAGAUCAAGCCAUACAGCAAAAAAUUUGGAGCUCUAUUUGACCAGGAAGCCUCCCUCGUUGUAGCUAAAGCAAAUGAAGCUACCACGAGCCUGAUAUCCCGAAAUAUGGACAAAUUGGAAACGGUAUUUUCAAUGUUUAUGAAAACAUUUAUUUUAAAUUUCUUUUUCAGAUUGCCCAAGCUUUAUUGAAGCGAGAGGUGUUGAAUUACGAGGAUGUGAAAAAUCUUAUUGGCACCCCGAAGUUUGGAGACAAAAAUGUCAUUGAUAUGGUCGAAAACGUUCUUCCAAAUGACGAAACAUAA